UUAGAAAAUAUAUCAGUAUGUAAUAACAAUUAGUUACAAAAUAUAUUAUGUAAAAAAUAUAAACCAUUAUUAUAUAUUAAUAAUGUCGAACAAGACAUAAACAAUAAAAUCAUUGAAUUAUACAAUACAUAAAACCAAAAUAUUAAUCAUAUAUAUAAUAUUUACUAUAACAUUAAAGCUAUAUUCUUUAAAAUUAAAAAAUUCUGCAUGGAUAUGCAGAUCAAACUCUUGUAAAUUAGUUUUUUUAAAAACAUGAAAUAAUAAUAUAUAUUAAUAAAUGAGAUAUUUAUUUAAUUAUUGUGGUUGAUGUGAGUUUUGAGAAGAGAAUAAAAAUAAACUUUUUUCCAUAUAAAGGAGAUUUUAGGAAUAUUUAAUUCUGACUAAACAAUGGAAAGAAAAUGAGAAAAGAAAAAAAAAAGGAUCCAGAUUCGUUGAAAUUAAUAUUAAAGAAAAAGGCGGACUCUGAUAAAUCAUCAAUUCAUCAUCACAUUCACACUGACUCGAAAAAACAAAGUCUGAGCUCAGAUCUGUCGCCGGAGACCUCCCCCCGAAGCGAUGGGCAUAGGCAACACACUCCGGCUGAGUAGCCGUAUGCUCCACCGAAGAAUACUUUACUCAUCCGCCAGAUCUUUCACCACGACGGAAGGUCACCGUCCCACCAUCGUCCACAAACGAAGCCUCGAUAUCCUCCACGACCCUUGGUUCAACAAGGGGACUGCGUUCACGAUGACGGAGCGAGAUCGUCUCGAUCUCAGGGGACUUCUUCCACCUAGUGUCAUGGACUCUGAGCAGCAGAUUCAGCGUUUCAUGACUGACCUGAAGAGGCUGGAGGAGCAAGCAAGAGAUGGACCUUCUGAUCCUAAUGCUCUCGCUAAGUGGCGAAUUCUCAAUCGUUUGCAUGACAGGAAUGAGACUAUGUACUAUAAGGUUUUGAUUGCGAAUAUUGAGGAGUAUGCGCCAAUAGUAUACACGCCUACGGUUGGUCUUGUAUGCCAGAACUACAGCGGGUUGUUUAGGAGGCCUAGAGGAAUGUACUUUAGCUCUGAAGAUCGUGGUGAAAUGAUGUCCAUGGUUUACAACUGGCCUGCUGAACAGGUUGAUAUGAUUGUUGUUACCGAUGGAAGCCGGAUUUUGGGUCUUGGAGAUCUAGGGAUUCAUGGAAUUGGAAUUUCUGUUGGGAAGCUUGAUUUAUAUGUCGCCGCAGCUGGAAUCAAUCCUCAGCGGGUACUUCCUGUCAUGAUUGAUGUUGGAACAAAUAAUGAAAAGCUACUCAAGGACCCCUUGUACUUGGGUCUGCAACAACAUCGUCUAGAGAAUGACGAAUAUAUUGAAGUAAUCGAUGAAUUUAUGGAGGCAGUGUUUACUAGGUGGCCACAUGUUAUUGUGCAGUUUGAGGAUUUCCAGAGCAAGUGGGCUUUCAAAUUACUGCAGAGGUAUAGAAGCCGCUACCGAAUGUUUAACGAUGAUGUCCAGGGGACAGCAGGGGUUGCGAUUGCUGGUCUUCUUGGAGCCGUUAGAGCACAGGGGCGGCCUAUGCUUGAUUUUCCAAAGAUGAAGAUCGUUGUUGCUGGCGCUGGAAGUGCGGGAAUUGGUGUUCUAAAUACUGCAAGGAAGACAAUGGCACGGAUGUUGGGAAAUACUGAAACUGCAUUUGAAAGUGCACAAAGUCAAUUUUGGGUGGUUGAUGCUCAGGGCCUUAUUACUGAAGGACGAGAUAAUAUUGACCCAGAGGCUCUGCCGUUUGCUAGGAAGACUAAAGAAAUGGAGCGUCAAGGAUUAAAAGAAGGAGCAAGUCUUGUUGAAGUGGUUCGAGAAGUUAAACCUGAUGUGCUUCUGGGUUUGUCUGCAGUUGGAGGAUUAUUCUCAAAAGAGGUUUUGGAAGCCAUGAAAGGUUCAACCUCGACCAGACCAGCUAUUUUUGCAAUGUCAAACCCCACCAAAAAUGCUGAAUGCACGGCUCAAGAGGCAUUUUCUAUAUUAGGCGACAAUAUCAUAUUUGCGAGUGGAAGCCCAUUCAAGAAUGUGGAUCUUGGGAAUGGUCAUGUAGGACAUUGCAACCAGGGAAACAACAUGUACCUAUUUCCCGGUAUUGGACUUGGCGUUCUUCUAUCUGGUACUCCCAUUGUCUCUGACGGGAUGCUUCAGGCUGCUGCUGAGUGCCUAGCAGCAUACAUGAGCGAGGAAGAAGUGCUAAAGGGGAUUAUAUACCCUCCAAUAUCAAGGAUAAGAGACAUAACAAAAAGAAUAGCGGCUGCCGUAAUUAAGGAAGCUAUUGAGGAAGAUUUGGUUGGUGGAUAUAGGGAAAUGGACGCUCGAGAGCUCAAAAAGCUUAAUGAGGAGGAGCUGAUGGCUUACGUCGAAAACAACAUGUGGAGUCCAGAGUACCCGACUCUGGUCUACAAAGACGACUAAGUUUGGUUCCAAAGACUGAAUAAGUCUGCUUUCUCUUUUCUAUGUGCAAAAAAUAUAUAAUUGGGUUGCUUCAUACCCAAUCAAAUUCGUAUUUGCUACUCUCUUAUCUAUAUGUAAAACUAAAUAAAAAUAUAAUUGGGCUGUUUUUUUUU